AAAUUCAUCAAAAAAGAAUACAGUCGCUAAGAAAAGAGCUAGAAUACCUCAAAGCAACAGAAUGGAAAUUUGAGUGUGAUAAAGGUUUAUCACAGUAAUUAAUAGUAACAAAAUUGUGUCCAAUAGCAAUAAAACAUAAUGUGGUCUUAUUUAUCCCCAAUUUUCAACUAUUUCUUUAGUAGACAAGAUAAUAAUGAAGAAGACAACAGGGAACAAUUUUUGGUUGAUGAAUUACUGGAUUUGCAAUUUCAAUCAGAAAAAGAAGAAUAUCUUAAUGAAAAUCUUGAAACUGUAAAUAUACCAAAAAAUGCUGUUUGCUUCCAAAAAACAGGUAUUGUCACAGACUGCGGUGAUAAUUAUGUUCUAAUUGAUGGAAUGAUAUAUUUUGAUGUCUCAUCAUGCCCAUACACAUUAAAUGUUAAUGAUAAAGUAUUAUACCUCUGCUAUAAGGAUACAAAUGAUAAAUUGGUUGUUAUAAGAAUCCUUGAAAAUCAGGGUAUAUGUUGGGAUGAUGAAGACACAUCAGAAGAACAAAAAUUUGAUAUUAUCAACCAUGUACUUGUUGGACAAGUUCAAUACAGGCAAGACCGACUUGUGUAUAUUGAGGGUGGAGAAUUAGUAUUUAACCUGGACAGUGUAGAAGGAACCUUUAUUCCCAUUCAAGGAGAUUGGUUGGAGAUGCAGUGUAAAGUCCAAAGAAAUGAGGAUAAGCUAACAGAUAUUAACAUGAAACAGGUUAUAGAAGUAAUAUCUUUCAAGCCAGUUCGUAGUAAAAUAAAAUCAGCAGUGGUCACAGAAUGGACAGGCACUUAUGGGACUCUUGAUAGACAAAUAUAUUUCAAUAAUAGUACUCUCAUUGAUGGUGUCAUACCUCAAGUCGGAGAUAAAGUUAUGGUAGAAGCCAUUGAAAGUACUCAAGGAAAAUGUGCAUGGCGAUCCAUCAAAUUAGUCACAAUUGAAAGUAACAAUAAAGCAAUAAUUUAUCCAAAGUAUAAUGAUGAAAUACCUGAAAGUCUUAAAGUAGAACAAGAAAAGAAUAUUACAAUGACCUUUCCUAUAAAAUUUGAUAAUGUAAACAUUAAUGAAACAGAAAAAAUUGUUUUAAAUGUAACAAAUAGCAGCAGUAAUACUUACAUUCUUAAUAAAUGGAUUAUACUCAGUAAAAAAAGAGACUCACAAGUUCAUAUUAAACCUUUUAUAAGUCAACCAAAAACAUUACAACCUUCAGAAACUGUAGCAUUAACCAUAACAUGUCAACCAAAGUUUUUAGGCGAAACAAAGGAAUGUUUCAUACUUUUGUUUAAAGGUUUCCAGCUGAAGAGGUUCAUUGAAAUAAAUGUAGUGGAUAAAUUAUAUCCUCUGAAUGAUGAUCAAGCUAUAGAUUUAUCCAGGAAUAAUAAAAAUUCACAAAUGUUGGAAAGAAUGAGAAUGGUGAGAAGCAAUAAUGAGUCAUACAUUCCAGGAGUAAGAAGUUGUAAAACUCCACAUUUUGUAGUUGCUAAGAUAGGCAAUUAUCCCAUUCCAAACAAAAUAUGGUCUGUUGUUCUUGGAGAUUCAGAACAAACUGUAUAUUCCCAUGAUUAUGAUAAAAUCAUAACAAGAAUUCAAUCUCAUUUGCCUUGUUUAGUCCAAGAUUUAAACAUCAAUAACUAUACUGAUAAGUGGCAUACAUUGCUUUAUAUGGAAGAAAUUCAAGCUAAUAUUAAUGUUAGAGUGUAUGACACUCCAAAGGCUUUUUUAAUUAGAAAUGGUGAAUAUUUAGCACUUGAGGUUACUGGUUUGUGUGAAAAAAGACCAUCUUUAAUUAUUGGUGACAAAGUUAUUGUUAAAGACACAUGGGACCCAUUUAAAAAGCAAUAUGAAGGUUUCAUUCAUAUGGUAAAGGGUGAUUUAGUGUUAUUUAAAUUUGAUACCAGAUUUCAUGAGAUUUACGAUGGGGGGGAUGUCUCUGUUGAAUUUCAUUUAAAUAGAACAGUUUAUAGAAGAGCUCAUCAAGCAAUUAAUACUGUUCUGUCAAAUCUGGGUCCUGAUGUUUUAUUUCCUUCAAAAAUUAUUCAGAAACCUGAACAAGUAACCAGUGAAAAGCUUCACAAUAUUCAGUGGUAUAAUGAAAAACUAAACAAUGGCCAAAAAAAUACUAUACUCAAUAUACUAAAAGGCGAAUGUCGUCCAUUGCCUUAUGUAAUAUUUGGACCUCCAGGGACAGGGAAAACAGUGACAGUUGUAGAAACAAUUUUGCAAAUUUUAACACACAUUCCUGAGAGUAGAAUUUUAGUUGCGACACCGUCAAAUAGUGCGUCCAACUUGAUUACUGAAAGGCUCAUUCAAUAUAGACAUGUUUUCUCAAGUUCUAUUGUGCGACUUAUAGCAGGUUAUUUAGUGGAUUCUGACAAUAUAUCUGAUGAUAUCAAAUCAUACUGUGCAACACUGGAUAUAGCUAGAGAAGGAACUUCUAUGUCUAAGCAUAUGGUUAAAGAUGGAAUGAAUUUAAAUUGCCAAAAAUCUUUUAUAGGGCGACAUAGAGUUACAAUAGCAACAUGUAAUUGUGUAGGUAGUCUUUAUUAUAUGGGUUUUCCGAAAGGACAUUUUUCCCACAUCAUUGUUGAUGAAGCAGGACAAGCCACUGAACCGGAAAUAAUGAUACCAUUGAGCUUUACUGAUAAAGAAAAUGGUCAAAUUGUACUUGCUGGUGACCCAAUGCAACUGGGACCUGUGGUAAUGUCCAAAUAUUGUAAGGAAUUUGAAAUGGAUGUAUCAUAUUUGUGUAGAAUUCUUGAAACAUAUCCUUACCAGAAAGACUUUGAUUCUUACAAAGAUGGUUUUGAUGCAAGAGUAGUGACAAGAUUGAGUGAAAAUUAUAGGUCAUUAGAAGAAGUCUUGUCUCUUCCAAGUAGAAUGUUUUAUGAUGACUCUCUAGAAACAAAAUUUGAUAAGGAUGCUCCCUGGAUACCUAGAAUAAUAGAUGCAACUUGUGAUAUUUUCAAUAUAACUGAAGACAAAACUGGAGGAAUAUUUGUUUAUGGUAUCAAGGGUCAGAAUGCCAGAGCAAAUGAUAGUCCAUCUUGGUAUAACCCACAGGAAGCAUCCAUGGUUGCUCUGACAACAUGCAAGUUAUUUAAAAAUAAUGUGACUCCAGAUGAAAUUGGUAUUAUUACGCCUUAUAUUGCUCAGAUAAAAUACUUGAGACUUGUUUUUGAUGCCAUGGGAUUACCACAACCAAAAAUUGGUACAGUCGAGGAGUUUCAAGGCCAAGAAAGACCAAUUAUCCUUAUCAGUACAGUAAGAUCUGCUGAAUCUCUCAUAAAAGAGGAUAUCAAACAUGUGCUGGGAUUCAUACAAAACCCGAAAAGAGUUAAUGUAGCAAUAACAAGGCCCCAAAUAUCUCUGAUUUUAUUUUGUAAUCCAAUUCUUCUGUGUACAGACCCACUAUGGAAUACAAUAAUAUCUCAUGCAGUAAAAAAUAAUAAGUACAUGGGAUGCUAUUUACCGUUUUAGUUAUGGUUAAAUAUUAAAUGAUAAUUAAUUUUAUAUUAAUAAAAAAACCUGUGUUUCUGUU